CGAAAAAACUAAUGCUGAAAAGGGAAGUUCACAGAAAUUGGAUGAAAUAUUUGAUCUCCUCAAAAAAGUAGCCGAUCAUAUGUUUUCUGAUACAAGCCAAGAUAAACGAGAUACACCAAAGAGUAAUGAAGAUGAGCAAAUUACCUGUGAAAUACAAGAUGUUCAUAUAUCUGCAGAUGUAUAUAAUAACAUAAUGAGAGAAAAGGAACCUAGCCACUUUAUUACUAAUAUGUCGUAUGCAGUGUGGGGACCAGAGGUAUUAGCCAGUCGUUGCGUUAGAUCGCAAUCCAAUGUGGUAGAACCUGAGUUGACUCCAACUAAAAAAUAUGGCAUUGUUAAUGAGUUUGAAAAAUGGAUGCGGAUCAAACGCAAAAUGCCACAAAUGUUAAUUGACGAACAAUUACAUCGUUCUAAAGUUAACAAGUACUUUAAUGGUGCAAUAACUGCCGCCCGCAAGAAACUCAACUACAAAAUGAAAAGAACAUUGAGCCAAAAAGAAGCAGUUGAGAAUAAAAUAAGAGCAGAAACAACGAAGGAAGGAGGAGAAGAAGACGAAGAAGAAGACGAAGAAGAAGAAGACGAAGAAGAAGAAGACGAAGAAGGAGAAAAAGAAGAAGAAGCAAGUGAUGAUAUGAGCAAUGAGACAAUAAUAAUGAGCGAUAAGACAAUGGACUAUGAAACAUAUAUGAAAAACCAGCGGUCAAUCAAAAAAAUUAGAAAAUAAGUGAUAUAAAUGAUAAGAAUUAAUAACACUAACAUAUAUAUGUAAAAAUUUUGUUGCUUACCUACCUGAUACUUAUUAAUACACUUAUUAUAAUAAUA